AUGUCUACUGCAGGCCCCGCACAUAGAGUCCAGUCUGCUGUGGUUGAAUAUGGAUAUCCCCAAGGCCACUUGGGCCAUCUCACCGCAGAGGAAGAAACCGCAUUCCAAAAGUUCAAGACGCUAUGCGCAGAGAAAGGAUACUACAGGCCUGGGGCCGGGAAAGAUGAUCUCCCCAGUCACGACGAUCCGCUACUUCUUCGAUUCCUGCGAGCUAGGCGCUUCAACAUUGAAGAGGCGUUCAAGCAAUUCCAAGAUACGGAAGACUGGCGGAAGGCAAACCAGCUGGACAAACUCUACGAGACAAUAGACUUAGAUCAAUACGAAGAAACACGCAGACUAUAUCCUCAAUGGACAGGCCGCCGCGACCGUCGCGGCAUCCCCGUCUACGUCUUCGAAGUAAAACACCUAAACGCAAAAACCAUGUCCGCCUACGAAAAAUCCGCCGUCAAAACCCACACCAAAGCGCAAACAGACGGGAAAACCUCCCCGAAACUACUCCGACUCUUCGCUUUAUACGAGAACCUCACACGAUUCGUGAUGCCGUUGUCCACGGCCAUGACGGACAGAGAUCACCCGCACACGCCGAUUUCGCAAAGUAAUAAUAUUGUGGAUAUUUCGGGAGUAGGCUUAAAGCAAUUUUGGAAUCUGAGAACACAUAUGCAGGAUGCGAGUACGCUGGCUACGGCGCAUUAUCCAGAGACGUUGGAUAGGAUUUUCAUAAUCGGUGCCCCAGCAUUCUUCCCCACAGUUUGGGGCUGGGUCAAGAAAUGGUUCGACCCAAUAACAACAUCAAAAAUAUUUAUUAUUUCGCACCACGAUGUAAAAAAGACGCUCGAGACCUUCAUCGAGCCAGCCAAUAUCCCCAAAAAGUAUGGCGGGGACCUAGAAUUCCAUUUCGGUGAUUUGCCAAUCUUGGAUCCGCAUGUAGAAAAGGUUCUGCAGUGGGAUGGAGAUCGGAAAGAUUUCCCACAUGGCCCGAUGUAUUGGGUUGAGAACGGAAGGGGGGAGGGCGUGGAGAAGAUCAAGGCGUUGGCAGUGGGGAGUGUAGAAGGAAAGGAGAGGAAAGUCGAUGUUUGCGUCGUCACGAAAGUGUUACCUGAAGCUGCUGCCAAAUCCGUGACGGGGAAUGGCCACUUGUCAGCUCUAGGCGAGGGAGAAGCGAGAGCAGAGCUACUCAGAGCACCUACGGCAACGCCCUCGCUUGCUCAAACGGAGAUCCCUUCACGGCCCGCUACGUCAGACAAGAAAGUAGUUCAAAACGGUGCGUUGGCCCCUGCGUUGAGACCGGAACCGCAGACGUUCGUUACCGCUCAGGAGGGGGAGCUUACGAAGUUGGAGGAUUUAAAGCUAGAUGAGAAGGCGGGGCCGCAUCAGACAAUGACGGCGAAUCUGUUGGAUCCGAAGUUACAAGUUGAGGAAGAGCAGAAAUUGUAG